AUGAAUACACAACCGAGUAAACGAGAGUUGCGCCAUUUCCUCAAACGAUACGUCCCUCAGCCAACAGCAGCGUCGAAUGUGGAUUUGGGGCUCAAGAAUCGUCCCUACGCAAACAGUAUACCCUCUCCAAAAGACUAUGUGGACAACUUGUUAAUGCCAUCGUACAAUCAGAUUGCAUUGACCAAAGUUGAAGGACCCUUUGAAAAAAGCGGCUGGCUCGCUGUGGGAUCGACCCUGUAUAAACUUCAAAAGCUCGGCUUAACCUCUAUCGUCGUCACCGACAAUCUCACCUGGUCCAACGAAAAGUCAUCGUCCGAGCUUUGCAAAGCCAUGAUUCGGGAAAGCAUGGCCCUCAUUGAAGCCAUUGAAAAAGCAGGCGGACGAGCACGUCCCAUUUACGGCUGUGUGACGGAACAGGAAUCAGCGUCUUCGGUUGAAGUGAAUUUCAGCUUCAUUCAAUCGGCUCUCGAUAGUCAUCAUAUCCCCAUUAUCAUUCCCAUCGUAUCGCAACCUACGGGCAUGCAACGGCCUAUGAGUGCCAAUGACACCAUGAUCGCGCUUACGCAAAAUCUGGUCAAGGAUGCUCAUCAUCAAAUGACGCCGGCCAAAAUUGUGGUGAUCAACAAUGAAGGCGGUAUUCCUAACCAUGAACGUCCCGGAACGGCGCACAGUCUCGUCAAUAUUCAGGAGGAAUACGAUACCAUUGUCGACGCAUUUCAGCGGAAACCAGCUUGGCAGCAAUCCAAUCCAACUGCGUUGAGCAACCUGGCGAUGAUCCGUUCCUGCCUAACGCACCUUCCCACUUCCUCUUCAGCGAUAAUUGUCCCUACGGUAUCGUUGCCUUCAGCUUUGAUUGCCAACCUAGUGACGGAUAAACCUUUAUAUUCAUCGUCUCUUCCUAUUCACAAUCUUCAACAAGGCAGCCCUGAUUUGGAACGGGUGAAUCAGAGUCGUACCACUGUCCUUCGGCACGGUAUCAAGAUCAAUACGUAUGAUAAGUUAUCACAGCUGGAUACGGACCGAUUAACCCGAUUACUGGAAGCGAGCUUUCAAAGGAAGCUCGAUGGUAAUGCAUUCUACGGACGCUUGGAGCGGGUAUUGGCUGGCGCCAUUGUGGCAGGCGACUAUGAAGGAGCAGUCAUCAUGACAAACGAAGACGCCGAAAAUGUGUCCCGAUCUCACGUGUAUCUGGAUAAAUUCGCCAUUGCCCCCACUAGUCAAGGCAUUGGCCUCACGGAUAUUCUUUGGCGGCGUAUGUGUGACGCUUAUCCCGAAAUCCUCUGGCGCAGCCGUAAAGAUAAUGGCGUCAACAAGUGGUAUUUUGAAAGAUCCAAUGGAUAUAUUAGACUGAAAGAUACAAAUUGGGUGGUAUUUUGGCACGGAGAAAAUGGAUACAAAAACAUGAAAGAUUAUGCUCAUAUUGCACGAUCCAUUCCGGCGUCUUUUUCCACCUAA